GGAUAUAUUGUUUGUGUGGAUGGAAGUUGCGUUUGAUCUCGUAUCUGAUGUCUAUCUUAGACUGCAAGUCCAUUAUUAAAGGAGUGGUGCAUCGGUCUAAGUCUCUCAUUUCACAACUCAGUCAUUCAUUUUCUUUAAUUUUCUUUCCUAACAAGUUUUGAUCUCUGAAUACAUUCUUUAUAUUAUUAUUUACAUCCGCAAUAUGCUUCUUCAGCGCCUCCUUCUCCUUGGCUUCGCCGCAGGCACAUCGGCAAUUCCUGCCCGUCAUGUUCUUUUUGAUCGAGACAAUGGUAUCUGCAGCGCAGAAAAUAUGAAGGUAGACGUCAGCGACUAUAACUGUCCCAAGAAGAAUACGCUCGAUAGCAAAGGCUACUGCUCUAAACCGAUUCCAAACGUACCUGGCAAGGAAGGGUGCUCAGCGUACUGUGAAAUACGCUUGACCUUGAAGUACGGGCAAGAAAUGCCUAUGUCAGGAGCUUCAUGUGGGAGUGGAACCGAAUGUUCCAUCAGCACUACCCAAACCAUUAGCUACGUCAACACAUUCUCAAUCAAUGCAGGCAUAGGUGGAGCGGUAGCCAAAGUGUUGGAGUCGGCCUUCGACAUCGGAGCAACCUAUACUUUCUCAAAAACUCUCACCUACUCGGAUACAGUGGGGUCUAAGAAAGAUUUGGGUGAGAAUGAGUGUGGAUACUGGACUUUUAUUCCUUAUGUACUAGAAUCCUGCGGCACCUUGACAGAAGCAGCAGAGAAAUCGGCACCCGCCGGGUAUAUGAACUCUGUGACGUACCAGUACUGUGACAAACCCUCCUACACAAACACACCCAAUUGGUGCAAUACCACUCCGUAUAAAAAUACCGCUGGUAUGGCUGAUGGAAAAUUGUACUUUGUUUAUACAUAUUGCAACGGAACAGGGGUUGACUGGGAAAAAAUGCAGGACAGUCCUUAUGUGUACCCCGGUGUAAGCACAGCUCAGAAGUGAGAUGAAUCUUAUUGUUGUGCUUGGCGGUGUGAUCUUCUGAAUGAUGUGGUUGUUGGAAAGCUUUUUCUUAGAUCUCUUUUUCGAGAAGAAUCCUCUGUCUUGCGACUCUUUGAUGCUGAUUUCCUCAUUCUUGUAUUGUUAAUUUAUCCUCCGAGGGCUUGACUUACAUGUUUAUAGUAGCUUUGCAAACAAUCCACUGUGAAAUUCUCGAUUCUCAAGAGCUAUGACCUGUAGGAACGGUUCAAUCAUAACGAAAGGUCUCUUGGUUUCUUUCAUGACAACGACGUAAUAUUACAAUCUCUAGAGUAGACGACACUAGGUACAUCCCUAGGCAUCAAAAUACUGACUCUAAGGGUAAGUUUCUAUGAUCAUCAUGACGACUUCAAUAUUAUUAAAUCUUCAUAAAGGUUCCCGGUCUUACUAGCUAUAUCAGUUCGAAAAGAGGAGAAUCGAGAGUAUGUAUUCCGAUAGCAUUCCAGGGGAGAGUUGCAAUAAGAAACAGCUGAAUAGAUCAUGUUGAGACUCAAAUAGAUGUCUUUUCUAUAGAAACGAAGAUGAGAGUAGGUAUUUAUAGCAUGUUAUAUUCUAGAUGAUAAGUUAUGACUUUCCAAAUUGAUUCGCGUGAUGAGGUUCCAAUGAUCACGUGCCACGUUCCACCGUGCCAAGCUAUCACGGAUUACGGCAGCCUCUUGGUGUGCCAGUUGCUGCACUUCUGGCAAUCAUGGGCAAACGUACA